GUUUAACCUCAUCGAAGAAGACAGGCAGCAGAAAGGAGGGGAGAAACGUUCUGAGACCGCAGGUCGGUGGCAGCACGAUAGUAUGCAAAAGAUGCUGACUAUAAUCUCCAACGUACUGAGGGGUAGGGCAAGCAGACAUGGAGCCCAGGUUGUGUCAGAGUCCUCCAUGCGCAGGGCUGUUUUGCAGCUGCUGGCAGUCCAGGGACAGUAUGCUGACACAACCUCUCCACCUGAUCCAGCACUACGACCCUACAAGCCAGACACAGAUUUAUACUCCAUCUCACACAGUCUUCUAGCAGACAAUUUCAAAAGACCAAAGACUGAUCAAACAUUUACUGAAAUAGACCCCAGUGCUGUACUGACCACAGAACGUACAAUUGCCAGCAGACUGCUGGCAGCACACCAUGUGAUCAAUACGGACCCGUCAGUCUCAGAGUUAUCCGUAUCAGAGCAACCAAAUCUAAACUCACCAGAACUCUUAGCAACUGGCCUGACUGUUUCAGAAGCAGAACCCUUCAAGGCAGAUACCGCCACGACUGUUUCAGAAUUAACUUUAUCCGAACCCUUCGUGAGUACAAACCCAUUUAUUCCAGAAUCAAACUCAUCUGAACUGUCAGCUGCGAUGGCCUCUCAAGUAUCAGAAUCGACUUUACCAGAGCCUCCAAUAACCUCUGAUGCACCUAUCAUAGCCCACUCUUCAACACAAGCAGAAAUGGACUUUGACCAACUAACGCUAGAACUAUCAUCACCAGAACAACCUCUAAACACAGACCAACCGACUCAGGAAUUAAACCCACCCGAACCUGACAUCAAUACAAACAGCAACACUUCCAUAUCUGAGCCUCAGCUGGCAGAGAGGAGACAGAAUACAGACAUAAUGUUGCUUUCACGCCCUGAGAUCCCCCUCAGCUUGACUGAAGACGCUCCUUUACCAGAGCCACAGCUUGCUGCUGCCAGCAUGGUGGCGUCGUCACGUUCAUAUGCUGAUUUCACUCCUGAGGCCACCUUUGACAUAAAGAAAGUUGACCUUCAUCGUCUGGAGGAAGGCCCACCCCUGACGGCCACUCUGACCCGGGAGGAGGGGCUGAAGUACUACCGCACCAUGCAGACAAUACGACGCAUGGAGCUGAAGGCAGAUCAGCUGUACAAGCAGAAGAUCAUCAGAGGCUUUUGUCACCUGUAUGAUGGCCAGGAAGCCUGUGCGGUUGGCAUUGAGGGGGGUAUCACCCUGUCAGAUCACCUGAUUACUGCAUAUCGUGCCCAUGGCUACACCCUCACCAGGGGCGGGACCGUCAGGGAGAUCAUGGCUGAGCUCACUGGUCGUAGAGGAGGCAUUGCUAAGGGAAAAGGAGGCUCUAUGCACAUGUACACUAAAAACUUCUACGGAGGCAAUGGCAUUGUGGGAGCUCAGGUACCGCUGGGAGCCGGUGUAGCCCUGGCCUGUAAGUACCUGGGCAAUGACCAGCUGUGUGUCAGUCUCUAUGGUGAUGGUGCAGCCAACCAGGGUCAGAUAUUUGAGACCUAUAACAUGUCGUCUCUUUGGAAGUUGCCCAUCAUCUUCAUCUGUGAGAACAACCAAUAUGGCAUGGGCACAUCAGUAGAGCGCUCUUCUGCCAGCACCGAAUACUACAAGAGAGGAGACUACAUUCCUGGCCUCAGGGUGGAUGGGAUGGAUGUCCUGUGUGUUAGAGAGGCCACCAAGUUUGCAGCUGAUCACUGCCGAUCUGGAAAGGGCCCUAUCCUCAUGGAGCUCCAGACCUACCGUUACCAUGGACACAGCAUGAGCGAUCCUGGCGUCAGCUACCGCACACGUGAGGAGAUCCAGGAGGUCCGUAGUAAGAGCGACCCCAUCUCCAUGCUGAAGGACCGUAUGCUCAGCAACAACAUGGCGAGCAUAGAGGAGCUCAAGGAGAUUGAUAUUGCGGUGAGGAAGGAGAUUGAAGAUGCUGCACAGUUUGCCACCACAGACCCCGAGCCCCCUCUGGAUGACCUGUGUAGCCACAUCUUCGCCAAUGAUCAGCCCUUUGAAGUGCGUGGCACCACCCCAUGGACCAAGCUGACGUCGACCAGCUAAAGGCUCUUGUGCCCACCAGCUAAAGGCUCUUGUGUCCCCCCCCCCCGUCUCCUAUGCCCUUCCCCUAUGCUCCAUCAAUGCACUUAUCUUUUCACACAUCACAUUCCUCAUCUCAGCCAAUGGCCUUCAUGGACUCUAAUCUUCUUUGCCUACCCCCUCCCACCACCACACACACAUCCUCAUCCCGUGCCAAGAACAACUUAUGCCACCCAUUUAUUUUCCAUUGACCCUCUGCCAGAGCCCUAAUCCAAACACCGCACCCAAAAAGAGUGCCUGACUGGUGUCAUACCUCAUUGACUAACUCUGAGUCAUUGCUACUUGCAGUGCUCAUGCCACACGAUUGGCUCUUGUCUUUUCUGUUGAAAGGCCACUUCAAACACAGCAGAGAAGUAAGAAGAGCCUUUCAUUAUCCUACUCCAAAUGUUGUUCUGAGACUGGUCACAUGGACCAAUUGUCCUUAACAUUACUGGCAUAAGUAUUAACUAUCCAAAUAUAUAACAUUAAAUAAAGAGCUUUAUGUUGGGA